AUGGCGACCACCGAGGCUGGCGGUGGAGACAUGGAACGCCGCCCAUUGUUGAGACGCUCCUCUACUGGCCGCAACACGGUCGAAACUGCCGACAAUGUGUCCCUUAAAGAGCAUACCAAUUUCUCAAUUUACAUCGUUGUAUUAUUGCUUGCUAUAUUCGCAAUGUUUCUUGGCGAGUCUUUUCAAGAACCGGCCUUUGGGGAGAUAGAAGAGGGCAUCUUUUGUCGGGAAUACUUUUCCAACGUCACCGACACCGCAAAUGACCCGCGAUGCAAGGACCAGCGCAUUCAGUCGAAUAUAUCCAUGUUGGAGGCUGUAGAAGCGACCAUUAGAUUUGCAGUUUCUCUUCUUACCGGUAUUCCUUAUGGUAUUGUUGCUGAGAGGUUCGGUCGCCGACGCGUACUUGUCGUUAGCAUGAUUGGCAUGGCAUUGAGAUACCCACUUGAUUUGAUAGUUUGUGCGUAUUUCCAGAUCAAGCUUUUCCCCAUACGAUUUUAUUGGCUUGUGGCCCUUGUAACUGGUUUGGGAGGAGGAAUUACCGUCUUCAUGGCGAUAGUAUACACCAUUCUAAGCGAUAUAAGUACCCAAACACAACGGUAUGCUGCCACCGUCUAUUUUUAUGUUUCUGCGAUAUUCGCUGGUACACCGAUUAUUGGAAAUCCUCUUGCAUAUCUUGCAAUGAAGCGUGGACCGUGGUUUUCGUCUUAUAUAUCGAUUGCUUGUAAUCUUGUUGCAGUUCUUUUAACACUUCAAAUCCCAGAGACGAAACAUGUCGCGAGUUCGCAGAACGGAGGCUUAGAGAAUGAUAAUAGUGCGGAAACAGAGAACUCGUCAAGCCAAAACAAUGAAACACUUCCCACACUUUCCAAAGCCAACAUUCUAUCUUCAGCUAGAGAUGGCAUUAUCUCGUUACGCGGUAUCAUUUGGGACAACAAAAGAUUAAGCACUGUAUUAUGCUCAACCCUGUUUACGAGGUUGGGCAGCUAUACACAUGCUUUGCUAAUGCAGUACAUCGCCAACUUGGUAAUAACGCUCAGGUUCUUGAGUAAGCUAAUACUCGUCCUGUUCGUCUUGCCUGUUGCUAGUCACCUUCUUCUACGGGCCCAUGUCUCACCGCUUGCCAAGGACCUGCUGCUGGCGCGAUGUUGCAUCGUGAUUACAGCUGUAGGAGCAUUUGGCAUUGCGUCAGCUGCCACACCAGCUGUACUAGUAGUGUUUCUUGUCCCCUUUGCUUUUCUCGAGGGAUUCAAUGCAACCGUGAAGAGCUUCCUAGCACAGCUUGCGGGAGGCGACCGAACUGCUAUUGUUUUCACGGCAGUAGGUGUAUUAGAGAAUGUGGGAGUGUUAUUGGCUGGCCCAGCUAUUGCUGGCACAUUCAGCGUUGGCCUUCGGUGGGGAGAACAAUGGUAUGGGCUCCCUUUUGCGGUAGCUGGGGCUAUGUUUAGUGUUGCUGCUGUCAUGGUCCUGAGCAUCCGAAUCUACAGCGAAGAUGCAGCUGAGCGGGAAUAA